GGUUGGGAAUAGCGAACAGAGAAGUUUGUUGUACACGAUGGGACGCUCCUCUAAAGAUAAACGAGAUAUUUACUAUAGACUAGCAAAGGAAGAUGGCUGGAGGGCUAGAAGUGCAUUUAAAUUGUUACAACUCAACGAUGAUUUUGAUCUGUUUAAUGGUGUUAGUCGUGUCGUGGAUUUGUGUGCGGCCCCGGGGAGCUGGAGUCAAGUACUAAGCAGAAAAUUGAUCGACGAACGUUCAGAAAACAAAGGCAAAGUAAAAAUUGUGGCCGUUGAUCUACAAGCCAUGGCUCCUCUCCCCGGAGUUAUUCAGAUACAGGGUGAUAUCACUAAAAUAUCAACUGCCCAUGAGAUAAUUAGCUACUUUGAAGGAGAGGAAGCUGAUUUGGUGAUAUGUGAUGGGGCUCCAGAUGUUACUGGUCUCCAUGACAUUGAUGAAUACAUCCAAGGACAGCUCUUACUUGCUGCACUCAAUAUUACCAGUCAUCUCCUAAAGCAUGGGGGAGUUUUUGUGGCCAAAAUUUUCAGAGGAAAAGAUGUUGACAUUCUGUACAGUCAAUUGAAGGUGUUCUUCUCUACUGUGACUAUAUGUAAGCCACGGAGCAGUCGAAAUUCAAGCAUUGAAUCUUUUGUUGUGUGUCAGAAUUAUUCUCCUCCCAUUGGUUAUGUGCCAAUAAUGUGCAAUCCUCUCCUUGUUGACCCGAACCAGUUCAAAAGUCUUGAAGGAGUAAACAGGAUUGUUGUUCCUUUCAUGGCCUGUGGUGACCUUAGUGGUUAUGAUUCAGACCAAACAUAUCCACUCACAACUUCUACUGGAGGGAAAGAAUAUCAAACACUGUCACCCAUCCAGGAACCAAUAAAUCCUCCUUACCAAACUGCAUGUCUCCUGAGAAAAACCAACAGUCUAACUUCUUCUGACAGCACUGAACAAGUACAGAACAAAGAUGUGUAAGAUUUUUAAUUCAGUCUACAGUAUUUGAUGCUCUUUUAUAAUUACAGUGUGUACAUUAUCAUUUACUCUUAACUUUAAAAGAAAGUAUAAAAAAUAAAAACAGAGUUUGUAGAAUUCCAGGAAAAUUUGUUGCUUAAGUUAGAGGUUGCCCAAGAUUGCACAUUAAGCCUUUGUAAACAUGCAAAUAUGUUAUCAUUGCACAAGGGACAAAAUAUAAGGAUUUGUGUGGAAAUAAAUGGUUGCACUCUUAACUUAAAAAUCCAAACUACAACGCGGUUUUUUACCUCGCCAAAGUGGCUCUUUCUAUGCAUCUUUUCUGCUCAGUAUUAGUUCAUCUUCUUUACCUUCUGUUGGAUUUAUCUUUUUAGAUAAAUUGGAAGGUCUUUUAUGGCUCUAUUCAACUAUAGUUUCCUUAGAAUCUUUUGAAAGUUAAUGCUCUUUUGAAAUUACAUUAUUGUGAUUCAAUAACAAUAUUUGUUCAGAUUUACUUAUUUAAAAUAA